CCGUCGCACUCCGCUAGCUCCAUCCGCUAUGCGCUCUCUCGCACCACCGGCUCUCUGCUCUCCCUCUCCGCUUCACCUCCUCCCUCCUCCCACCUCACGCCGUGCCUUCCCGCUUCGCCGGUCCACGGUCGACGCUCCGACGAGGUUGACUUCCCUCUUCCUUCUCCGCGUGAACCCUCUCGGAUCCACUUCCCCGAUAAAGGAGCCGCUUUCGGAUGCGGACGAGGACGAGGAGUACGAGGAGGACGAAGAAAUAUCCGCCCCAGAGUACGAAGACGGGAUUUCGACCGAGAGCGACCAGGAGGAUGAGGAUGGGGAACCGGAGGCGACUUUGCUGGAGUCGGAGUCCGGGCAGUAUAAUGAAUCGGAGGAGCAGAAGUCAGAGAAAGUGGCCAGGCUUCUUGCUGAAGUGAGAGAGUUUGGCCAGGAGAUCAUUGAUUACGAGGAGCUCGCUGGGAUAUAUGACUUUCCAAUUGACAAAUUCCAGCGCUUAGCCAUCCAAGCAUUCUUGAGAGGUUCAUCCGUCGUUGUUUCUGCACCAACAAGCAGUGGGAAAACUUUAAUAGCUGAAGCUGCUGCUGUAGCCACAAUUUGUAGAGGAAGACGUCUCUUCUACACAACACCAUUGAAGGCUUUGUCAAAUCAGAAAUUCCGGGAUUUCAGGAGGACAUUUGGUGAUAACUAUGUUGGCCUUCUAACUGGAGAUUCAGCUAUCAACAGAGAAGCACCUAUUCUGAUCAUGACAACUGAGAUUUUGCGUAACAUGCUCUAUCAAAGUAUAGGAAUGAUUUCUUCUGCAAGCAGAUUGUUUCAAGUUGAUGUGAUAGUCUUAGAUGAAGUUCACUAUCUUAGUGACAUAUCUCGAGGGACAGUUUGGGAGGAGAUAGUUAUAUAUUCACCAAAAGAAGUACAACUUAUUUGUCUAUCUGCUACAGUAGCAAAUCCAGAUGAAUUGGCUGGCUGGAUAGAGCAGGUUCAUGGUAAAACAGAGUUAGUUACAUCCACUAAACGGCCAGUUCCCCUUACAUGGCACUUCUCGCUGAAGAACUCUCUGUUACCACUAUUUGAUGAGAAAGGGAAAAAAAUGAACAGGAAGCUUUCUCUGGACUUUAUGCAAGCUUCUGUUUCAAGAGGUGAACUAUCCCGUGAAAACAAAACUAAGAAGCAAAGUAUGCGCAGUGGACAUGGUUACAAGAGUGUUGCUCAUAUAUCAAGGCAGACACCAUUGUCAAAAAAUGAUAUGAACCACAUUCGUCGUUCGCAGAUUCCUCAGAUUAGGGAUACUUUAUGGCAGCUUGUAGAGAGGGACAUGCUUCCAGGCAUUUGGUUUAUCUUUAGUAGAAGAGGUUGUGAUGCGGCAGUUCAGUAUGUUGAAGAUUACAAUCUUUUAGAUGAGUGUGAAUCUGGUGAAGUCGAACUUGAAUAUAGGAGGUUUAGGAUGAAGUAUCCUGAUGCUGUUAGAGGAGUUGCUGUGAAGGGUCUCUUGCAUGGAAUUGCUGCACAUCAUGCUGGAUGCCUACCUCUGUGGAAGUCAUUUGUCGAAGAAUUAUUUCAGCGUGGUUUAGUAAAAGUUGUUUUUGCCACCGAAACAUUAGCUGCAGGGAUUAAUAUGCCUGCUAGAACAUCAGUAAUCUCCUCACUUAGCAAAAAGGGUGAAACUGGACGAACAUUUUUAAGCCCAAAUGAGUUAUUCCAAAUGGCAGGCCGUGCUGGACGAAGAGGCAUUGAUGAAGUGGGCUAUGUUGUUUUUAUCCAGACACCCUAUGAAGGAGCUCAGGAGUGCUACGAACUACUUUCUGCUGCCCUUGAACCACUUGUUUCACAAUUUACUGCUUCAUAUGGGAUGGUUUUGAAUCUCCUUUCUGGUUCAAAAGUUACUCGUAUGUUUAAUGAUCCAGAAUGUAAAGAGCUUUCCCAGUGCAAGCGAACUUUGGAAGAAGCACGGAAGCUAGUGGAGCAAAGCUUUGGAAACUAUGUCGGCAGUAAUGUCAUGCUUGCUGCUAAAGAAGAGCUUGAAAAAAUACAAGUAGAAAUUGGGAUGCUUUCUCUAGAGGUUACUGAAGAUGCUAUCGAUAGAAAAUGCCAGGAACAACUAUCUGAGAUUGAUUAUACUGAGAUCUCAGGACUGCAAGGACAAUUAAGGGCUGAGAAACGGACUAAGACUGAACUCAGGCGACAGAUGGAAAUUAAACGCAUGGCUGCUUGGAGACAAUUGCUAGAAGAAAUUGGAAAUGAAAUCCUUCCAUUUGUCUGUUUGCAAUAUAAAGACAAGGAAGCAGUUCAGCACAAUAUACCUGCUGUUUAUAUCGGAAAACUCAGUUCUAUGGCUGCAGAAAAGAUUGUAAAUAUGGUGAAAUUAGGUUCUUCUGAUCUCGGCAACUUGGACAUAGAUUCCAAAGCUGCAACAGAUGACGAGGAUGGGAAACUAGCUUAUUAUCUGGCUCUCAGUUCAGAUAACACAUGGUAUCUCUUCACAGAGAAAUGGAUAAAAUCUAUUUACAGAACAGGAUUUCCUAACAUCUCAUCAGGCAAUGGUGAUCUACCGCGAGAUUCAUUGAUGAAACUUCUCAUGGUGGAAGAUUUUCAGUGGGAAAAGGUUGUUGAUUCUGAAUUUGGGUCAUUGUUGUCCAUGGGUGGAUCUCUUGAGACAUGGUCGUGGAGCUUAAAUGUUCCUGUAUUGAGUAGCCUUCCGGAAGAUGCUGAGGUGGCAAAUCAAUCUGGAGCAUACCAGGAUGCUGUUGAACGUUACAAGGAGCAAAGAGGCAAAGUUUCACAACUGAAAAAAAUGAUAACAAGCACCAAAGGAUUCAAGGAAUUCAAAAAGAUCAUUGAUAAAACCAAAUUUACUAAAGAGAAAAUUGAACGCAUGGAUGCUAGGUCAAAGCGAUUACGUAAACGAAUAUCACAAAUUGAGCCAACAGGUUGGAGAGAAUUCUUGCAGAUAAGCAAGGUGAUACAAGAAACUAAAGCGUUGGAUUUGAACACUCAAGUUAUAUUCCCUUUGGGUGAAACAGCAGCAACAAUACGAGGAGAAAAUGAGCUAUGGCUUGCCAUGAUACUAAGGAAUAAAAUUCUAUUGGACCUAAAGCCAGCUCAACUUGCUGCAGUGUGUGGAAGUUUAGUUUCAGAGGGUAUAAAGUUGCGGCCCUGGAAAAGCAACAGCUAUGUAUAUGAGCCAUCCAAGAACGUUAUUGCUGUGCUCCACCUCUUUGAGGACCAAAGAAACAGUCUUAUACAAAUUCAAGAGAAUCAUGGUGUUAAGAUUCCCUGUGAGUUAGAUGGUCAGUUCUCGGGAAUGGUUGAAGCCUGGGCCUCUGGUCUAACAUGGAGAGAAAUAAUGAUGGACUGCGCUAUGGAUGAGGGUGAUCUCGCUAGGCUUCUACGCCGGACGAUUGAUUUGUUGGCACAGAUCCCGAAGUUGCCAGACAUUGAUCCGUUGCUACAGAAAAAUGCAGAGCUUGCGAGGGACGUAAUGGAUCGAGCACCCAUAAGUGAACUUGCAGGUUGAUUCCGCUUAUCUUAGGCACCAAAUUGUCCCUUUUAUUAUUAUUUUUUAUUUUUCGAAUAAUUCUUUUGUAUUUCGAAAAAAUAAAUCAUUAGAAAUAUUGAAAGUGCAAUACAAGGAUGUAGACAAAACAAACUUCAAACUGAAUAAAAAAUCCAAAUGUUUUCUUAUCUA